AUGGAACGAAGCAUGCAGAAGCAGCUUUACAGAGUCUCACAGGAAGGGUCGCCGAGCUUAAGGCGAUCGAUGCCGGCAUCAGCAGACAGCACCCGCAAAUCAUUUUUUGGCGGCAACGCCAAUCAUUCCCCUCUACCUGGAGCCUUGAAGAAGACAGCUCUGAACAAUAGUCGUCUCAGCCUGUCGGCGCGCUCUACAACACAGUCCAUACCUGGCAUUAGAUCCGACUACAAUGUUGUGGAGAGCUAUGGCGCCGCACUGCCCGUGGCAGUCAAUGAGGCUCUGACAUUCGCUGGACCACUUUCAAGCUUAGUUUCGGCCAAAAUUACACAAAGUGGCUGGGCUUGGGUGGUCCAAGGUCGACGAUUGUUAAUUUGGCAGUAUAAGGAUGCUCCUGGCGCUGUAAAAAAGGAAUCACCUCCACGAUUGGGAAAAUCAAUUAGACGAGGAUCUGGCUCGGCACAAUGUCGUGAGCUGACCUUGCCCCACAGCGACAUUGGCCACAAGAGUGAAUUAGUCAGUGUCUUCCAGGUGGAGGGUCAGCAAAUGGCCUCAUGCAUUGCGGUCUCUGCCACCGGAGAUGUACGAUAUUGGGCAUCGAUAGCGCAUGAUAACAAUUCGGUAGAUCUGUCCAUUUUAGCCGGUCAAGAGUUCGUACAGCUGUUGAAUCUGCCGACCCAGCAGGGCUAUCUGGCUGUCACCUCAACCUGCACCUUAGUGUUUCUGCGCGUUGGGCUGACUAAUGGUCGUUAUUCGUUGCACCACAAGACCAUCAAGCCAGCAACAAGUUUUCUUGGCGGCUUUGGAAAGAGGUUUGCAUCCAUGUUGAUUGGCAUGAACAAUGGUAACGACAAGGAUCAGUUUCUGGUGGGCAUGUGUUGUGAGAGUAACUCGACCAAUGGUGAAACUGUUGUAGCUGUACUAUCCGAUCGUGCCCUUCAACGUUGGCGUAUUUCUAACAAGGGCAACAUGGAGCAGCUCAUAUUCGAGGACAUGGAGCUAUUGCGCAAGAUGCGUGAGAUGAUUUUGUUGAAAUUCUGGAAUGUGCGAAUGCCCAACGAUAAUGUGGAAGUAGAUUUGCAUUUCCUUGACUUCCACGUAGUUAGGGGCUAUUUCUACAUUCUGGUGGGUGCUGUAAACCAAGCGCACACUCCCCAGAUGUACUACUCUAUUGUUGUGGCCAGUGCUCAAGAGGAAAGUAUGCGAUUGGAAUGCUUUACGCCACUGAAGCUUAACAAAUUCUUCAGCAGUAAGACGGUUCAGGAAUGCCUCAGUGUGCGCAUCAUCGUCGGCACUGCACAGAUGUAUUUGUAUACGCCCAAGGUGGUCUAUCCUUUGCUAUUGGCGAAUUCAGCACCUACAGCUGAAAUGGAGGCGGAGAAAGUCGAAUUUCAUUUGCAUGAAGACCGCAUCCUUAGUGCUGCCUUCUGCAAUCAAUUGCCGCUCUUCUUCAGUCGCACACAUGGCCUGGUCUCAAUUACACCUGGAGACUUUGACAGCACCGACUUGUUAAAUUUGAGCAGCUGCAACUCGCCCGAUCUUUUUGCACCCCUAUCAUUUAAUGCCAGCUUUAGUGCUCCAGAUCAAAGCAUGCUGGGCGACAGCACUAAUAAUUUGCCCAUGUAUCAACUGGAUCCGGAUGAUGUAUACUCCGAGCUCAAUAAUGAGGUUGGCCAACUGAAAGCGGCCUUUUUGUAUCGACUGAAACGCAACAACAACAUGGUCAACACAAUUAUUGCAGAUCUCAUGGAGAGUGUCACAGAGACCGAUCCAAAUGGUGGACCCUUGGAUGCCUACAAGCUGGACAGGGUUGUUAUCACAAUUGCGGAGGACUUAGCGGAAGAUCUGCCUAUUGCUGAUCCUCGUUGGCAAUCGGUCCUGGAGCAGUACGACGGAAAUCGUCAUGCGUUGGGCAGCUCUCGAUCCAUGCAAAUCAUUAAUCAGUUGCGUGACAAAAGCUUUGCAUUUCAACACUUUAUUGAUUUUCUACACUUCAGUGGAGUUUGGGAGAAGCUUAAUGCUAUACCCUGCGGCAGCAAUGUCCUUAAGCCGACCAGCUUUAUUCUGGCUGACAUCGGUGAAAAGAUUAUAGCUGCCACAGCUCUGCGGGCUCUGCAGAGUAAGAUGCCCAAGAUAAUCGACGAGGCCAUCGAAGUGACCGUCGCUGAAUGGGAUGAGAAGCCAACUAGCAGCCUGACCGCUCAGGAUAUAUUCUACGUCAAGUUGUGCAAAUUUCAGUGCAUAUUUGACUCAUUGGCGGAUAUGGCAGAUGAUCGAAUUGCAGCACAAAAUCGUACUACACUUUCGGUGGCACAAUUUAUAUCCGAUAUCAAUGUGAUUGUGCUCACUACUUUGGGUCAGGUGUUUAGGUAUCGUGAACAGAAUGCCAGCAGCUUCAAGCUGCACUCCAGCUCAUACGAGAAUCAACCCUGGACGGCCAUAUCUGGCAGUGCUGGCGUACACGAUUCCCUUUCCCGCCUCAUUGACAUAAGCGUACGCUAUGGCGCACAGUGUGUAAACGAAUCGGAGCUAAAACAUCUCCUAUAUCAGCAAAUACUCGAGUUGAUAGAUAUGGUGCUGGAGGGGCGCAAGAAUUAUCUCGACAGCGUACGGGACACGGAGAAGUUCCAGGUGCUGCAGCAACAGUUUGAGGCUCAGAGAGGCGAACUAAUUUCUGUGCUAAUAAAGGAUCAACAGUUCGAGUGCGCUGCCAAGCUGGCAGAGAAGUAUUUGGACUUCCAAUGCCUUGUGCUUAUUUGUGAUGAGACACAAGACAAGGAUCGGUUGGACGAAUAUACUCGCAAGUAUGAAGAGUUCGACUUUUCACAGUUUGCAAUCAACUGGCACUUGCGUCAGAACCGGCAUGGCGAGGUCUUCGAACGCUUCAAGGACAACCAACCAGCGUUGGCGCAAUUCAUGCGCGAUCAUCCGUCACUGGGCUGGAUACAGCUUAUAUUUAACGGAGAUUUUGAGCACGCGUCCAAGGUGCUCUUCGACCUGGCCCAAUGCGAGACGGACUUUGUUGCCCGCAAAAAGUCCAUGCUGUCGCUGUCCAAGCUGGCUGCCUUUGCAGAUUCAUCCGAUAUGACAUCGCAUGUUGAGAAAAUUAACACUGAACUGUCGAUCAUUGAAUAUCAAUCGCAUUUAGGUCACGAUGUCUUGCAAAACUUUGGCUUCGAUGCAACGGAUCAGAAGGUGCUCAAAGCGGAGGAGAUUAUUAAUCUAUAUAUCGCAGAGGAAAAUGAUGCAGCCAGCGAAGUUGAGUUCCGCAAGGCCUUGGAACUUAUUAGCUAUGUGGAUCAGCCAUAUGAUGUGCGACAUAGGGUCUGGUGUGCAGCCAUACGACGUGAUAACUGGAUUGAUUAUGAUACUAAUAAUGCCGUCGAAUAUAUACAAAAGCUGCUAUUCUUUAAAAUCAUUGAAAUAUGUCAGUUGAUGGGGCAGGAAUUGGACAACUUUCUGCCGCCCAUGGAGGACUUUCUGGACAGCAUCGAGCUGGGCGAGUUGCCACAACAGAAGUCAUUCCAGUAUUUGCUAAAGUUAACCUACGAGUAUGUGGGAGAAUUGUUCAAGCAGUCAGAAGAUAUGGAUCUGUAAUCAACUUGGGCAUUUGCCAUUUAAUAAAGUUAACACUUAAGUC